AUGGGGGUCUGGUGGUGUCGGAUGCCGAAGUUCGGGAGGCCGGCGCGCAGCAGGCCGCACUCAACAUCUGCGAUGCAAGCGGGAGCUGGAACGAGGUGGGGUGUCCGCUGUCUGGAGUGUGCAUUAGCCAGAGGCGAAAGUACCUGCGGCUGUAACGAGCAGGAGCCGCGAUUAGCUGGAGCGUCUGUCGGCCGGACCGCGCUCCCAGCACGGCCGAAGGGCGGCCGGGCGCAGGCAGGGCUGUCCGCAGCAAGCAGCUCCGAGCAGCAGGGAGUGUCACCUUCCGUGUCACACGAAGAAAACCCUGCGUGGGUAAUUCUGCUUGCUGCUCAGCUGGAUGUCAGCUGGCACCGUUUCGCCAUGGUUGCCCUUUCUUCUGCCAUGACAGUACGAGACAGAUGGAAAGAAUCCAUAGUGGUCUGCAAGUACAAGCUUUAUUCACCAAACAAGCAAGAUGCAAAGCAGCAGCAGCAGCGCAAGGGCUGUAGCUGUUGCGGUGGAUCCAUAAGCGUAGAUUCUGAUUGUGUACGACCUUGUCCCGCAGCCUCCCCGGGGUUAUCUCCCUGCAGCAGUGCUGUAAGGAAGGGAGGAGACGUUUUCCAACCCCGGCAAGAGUGUUUACUUGUGUGCUAAGCAGGUGUUCAAAAUGGUAUCAAUUAGUCUAAAUGCUGAUUUUAAGUGUUCAAAUCGCUCUUAACUUUUAAAGGAGGUGGUGUAUUUCGAGCUGACCUGUUUACCUGGAAUCCUCCUUUAGCUCAGCGACUCUCCUUGUGCACCCCCAGCCUCCGCUGGCAGGGCGGUAUGAGAAGCUGGAAGGUCCUUGACUUAGUAUAAACCCCGCUUAGCAACAACUAAAGCAUCGGUGUGUUGUCAAUGUUAUUCUCAUCCUAAAUCCAAAAUGGCCCUGUACCAGCUGCUCGGAAGAAAAUUAACUUUA